GAUGGAUCAGAUGGUCCAGAUGGUUUUGAUGGAUCAGAUGGUUCUGAUGGUCCAGAUGGUCCAGAUGGACCAGGUGGACCAGAUGGUUCUGAUGGUCCAGAUGGUUCUGAUGGAACAGAUGGUGCAGAUGGUUUUGAUGGAUCAGAUGGUGCAGAUGGUUCUGAUGGUCCAGGUGGACCAGAUGGUUCUGAUGGACCAGACGGUUCUGAUGGUUCAGAUGGAUCAGAUGGUUAUGAUGGUCCAGUGGAUCAGAUGGUUCUGAUGGAACAGAUGAUGCAGAUGGUUCUGAUGGUCCAGGUGGACCAGACGGUUCUGAUGGUUCAGAUGGAUCAGAUGGUUAUGAUGGUCCAGAUGGAUCAGAUGGAUCUGAUGGAACAGAUGGUGCAGAUGGUUCUGAUGGUCCAGGUGGACCAGACGGUUCUGAUGGUUCAGAUGGAUCAGAUGGUCAAGAUGGAUCAGAUGGUUCUGAUGGAACAGAUGGUGCAGAUGGUUCUGAUGGUCCAGGUGGACCAGACGGUUCUGAUGGUUCUGAUGGUUCAGAUGGAUCAGAUGGUUAUGAUGGUCCAGAUGGAUCAGAUGGUUCUGAUGGAACAGAUGGUGCAGAUGGUUCUGAUGGUCCAGGUGGACCAGACGGUUCUGAUGGUUCAGAUGGAUCAGAUGGUCCAGAUGGAUCAGAUGGUUCUGAUGGAACAGAUGGUGCAGAUGGUUCUGAUGGUGCUGAUGGAUCAGAUGGUGCAGAUGGUCCUGAUGGAUCAGAUGGUUCUGAUGGAUCAGAUGGUGCAGGUGGUUCUGAUGGUCCAGACGGUUCUGAUGGUUCAGAUGGUGAUGAUAGUCCAGAUGGAUCAGAUGGUUCUGAUGGGCCUGAUGGAUCAGAUGGUGCAGAUAGUUCUGAUGGUCCAGAUGGAUCAGAUGGUCCUGAUGGUUAAGAUGGUUCUGAUGGUCCUGAUGGAUCAGAUGGUCCUGAUGGUUAAGAUGGUUCUGAUGGUCCUGAUGGAUCAGAUGGAUCAGAUGGUUCUGAUGGUCCAGAUGUCCCUGAUGGUUCUGAUGGUCCAGAUCAAGAGCUCAUUGAUCAACACAGGAGACGACUUCACCUUCCCUCUGACCUCAGCGGCGAGGUGGGCGGGGCCACGGCACCGUCGUCAUGAAGGGACCAGUGUAGUCUCUCACACCGAUGCACGACCACAGACCAGCUGCGACAUCACCACGGACGCGCCUGGCUGCGGCCGACUCCUGGUGAUGAUGUCAGCUGACCGAUGGGCUCGUGUCACAGUUGCCGUGGAAACACAGUCUGUGACCUCACUGUGGCGUCUGGUCCGGACCCCAGGGCUCUGCAGUGUGGGCGGGGUCUCCUACAGGGGCCAGGACGAGGCCGUGAUUGACUUUUAUAUGAAUAAUCAAAUCCUCACAGAAAAGAUGAUUGAAAUCUCUGCAUGGAGACCCCCAAACUGAGACUUCAGGAGACGUCAGUGCUGCUCAAUGUGUCUGUUGUUUGUCUGUGAUGCCGUCAGGUCUUACCAACUCACCGUUAAACUGUUGCGAUAAAAAACGCUUUUCGCGUGAUGAGCGAGUAGGUGACGCACCGACUUGAUGCCGGGACGCGACAAGAAGGCGUGAACGUUCACGUCUUUGUGUCGCCCGCUCAAGUUGAAACAUCUGAACUUGAGUGAAAUCUCCGCGUGACGCGCAGUCAACGUUGAGAUCGUCCCUGCUUCAGACGGAGCAUCGAACCUUCGUCUCUGACAGUGAGCAGAACGACACGUGCUGAUAUUUGUGUCGCGACCGGGGGAAGGAGAGGAGCAUGACAGGAAGUGACGAGGAAGUUGGACGCUAGCUUUAGGCCCAGUUCGCUCAGCUCCAGCGAAUGACGCGCCUUUUCUGUUGCCCGACGUCAGUGACGUCUUUACCUUCACUUUGUACGUAAUCUACUCGCGCUAAAAGUUUGCGUCGCGUCCGGCGUGAUGUUCCCGCGAGACCUUAAAACACGGAAGCAGCCGCGCGGGAAAACGAGUGACUGCGAAAUGUGACACUGAAUCUGAGUGAUGAACUCAAGAGCAUCAAUUCAUAUCCUGACAAUUUACGUCGACGUUAUAUAUUUUCAUACUUUUAAUAAUCCAGAGAAGAGAGAACAGCGUGUGGAGGUCCAGGUGUGUGUGUGUGUGUGUGUGUGUGUGCGUG